GUCUGGUGCUUCUUUGGACUACAACUACUUGGAGACAAAUUCAGUUUGGCAAAACACCAGCCCCUGUGGUGGCAUUGACACCAGCCAACACUUCCGCUGGAGGGAUCUUCAGUGUAAAGAUCACCUUCACUUUAUCUGUUCAAUAGGUUCUCAGACAAACGAUACAGGAGUGGAGUUCUCCAGUAGCACCAGACCAAAAAGACAGCGAUUACCAUGAAGAGAAACUCAGGACCCUGUAGCACCUGCUGAUCCCUCGGAGCCUUGACGUCAGCGCUGUAAACGGUGGAGAUCUCCGGUGCGCGGCGGCAGCGGUGCCCACAGGUCCGUGCAGCGCGCAACGCAGGCGGCUGCGGCGGCACCAGCAGCAGCAACACUCCCCGCCCGACUUUCGCAGACAUCCACACACCGUCCGGUAGGAAUACAUCAACUCAGACACAUCGGCACCCUCCCCGGGUUUUGAACCGGUUUCCCCUCAUCUUCCUCCUCUCCAGCCGCGCCAUGUCGUCUGCUGUCACCGAGACGGAGGAGUCGGCGCGCAGCUCCCCGCUGACGCCGCUGAAGCUGGUCGGGCUGGUGUGCGUGUUCCUGGCGCUCUGCUUGGAUGUGGGAGCCGUGAUGAGCCCCGCGUGGGUGACUGCCGACGACCAGUACUACCUGUCUCUGUGGGAGUCCUGCUGGAAGCCGGCGAGCACCGAGAACUGGCAGUGCAGCAGCACGCUGGGUUCAGACUGGCAGGUUGCGACUCUGGCCCUGUUGCUAGGGGGUGGAGCCCUAGUGCUGAUGUCAUUCCUGGUUGCUCUGGUUGCCGUGUGCAUCGGCACGAGACGGCGAUUCUACGCGCCUGUCGCUUUCAUGCUCUUUGCCGCAGUUGUCCUCCAGGCCUGCAGCUUGGUCCUCUACCCCAUCAAGUUCAUCGAGAGCAUUAACCUGAGGAUCUACCACGAGUUCAACUGGGGCUACGGCCUGGCCUGGGGGGGAACCAUCUUCUCUUUCGGCGGGGGAAUCCUCUACUGUCUCAACCCCAAGAACUACGAGGAGUACUACUAGCUGCGAUUCAAGCUGGCAAACCUACAUGCUUGGAGAGGUAUUCAAGGGGCGAGCAUGGGAUUUAUUAUUUUCUUUAAUGGCUCAAUUAAAAGAACUAUAAGGAAUAUUGUACGCUGUAUUUGAGCCAAUAACUGUAUCGCAACGAGCCUCCUUCCUGGCGGAAAUUCAGAGAGUGAAGCUGGCGUUUGAGGGAUUUAUUUUCCUGCCUCAGUCAACAGAGGAGUGAGCACUGAGGCUGCAUAUUUGAACUUACAGCCAACAUCACUAGGUUGGUCUCGGGGAGGGAUCGAGGGUGGGAAGGAGUCUUACUACUUUAUUCCUAGGACUUGCGACACACCUGGGAGAAUUGACAACCCUGCAGUAACAAAGGAUGGAGGUUUAUGGGGGACGAUCUGUCCUUUCUUCCCUGUGAACUAAAUUGCAAGUCACCAACUUAUUGACUCUGUUACUUAGGACACAGGAUGUCAGACUGGGAGGCUUGUAACGCACGUUUACGCACGCAUGCACUUGCAAAGGCACGUGUAUCUUCACCUGUCAACAUCAAGUCCUCGGGCCGGGCUUCAAAAAUCUGCCCCCCAGACUCCUGCUCCAUCCGUGCGUCAUUAUCAGUGCUUAGUUAGGAGUUGUAGCAUUUUGUUUUUCAGAGUCCUCUGGAGUGCUUAAACUUUCACAAGGACAUGGAAGAGGAUCAGACGCUACAGUUGCGCUUCAUAACUUUCAUAAGACAGAUAGAUUCCUCCUGGGGUGGGAGGUAAGAAGGGAGAACACAAUAAAGACACCCGCUCAAUAUUCUGUUAUCGACCCACUUGUCUGUUACCGCGGCAACCCACAGGGUGUGCACAUGCAGCUGUCAUGAUUGAUUAGCCAUGGUCAGAGGUGUUAGACGGGACUGCGCUGAGCUGCCUCCAAGGGUCUGCUAAAUUUCGAUUCCCAAUGAGCCGAGUUUCUCCGUACCGUGACGUUCGGAGCAUCCUUCCUCUUCCUGUCCAGCUCCUUUGCAUCCCGCUUGUCGAUGGGAGUGUCCGCUACAAACACCACAGGCAGAAACGGCCUCUCAGUGGGCAUGUUUGCAUGCACAUCAAUAGUUUAUGAAAGUUAGGAAGUUAGUAAGCAGGCCUGACACCUUCUGGUUGGUUGGUUGAUUCGUUGGUAGAUAUGCUCUUGACUAAAUUGCCAUUGGUUGGAUCACUGGUCUUUGUGUCUGGUUACUAUGAUACAGAAUAUCUGUGGAAGUAAAGAUGUAAUGACAAGAUAGUGUUCUUGUUGUGGAUGAAGAGAAGGCAGAAGCAAACAGAGCGAAAGGACGGACUCGCCGCUCUGUGUGACCUGCAGUAUUAAUUUGUCUUUCAUUGUUGUUGUUCAUUACUGGGUAUUUGUCCUUCACUUUCAUUGGGUGGCAAGGUGAAAAGUGACAGCGAUGAGCACAGCGUUUUACCAAAAACUGAAUAUUUUUCAACUCUGGGCAACCAGAAAAAAAAAAGAAAAAAGCUAAAUGUGCAUAAAAGAUGCUUAAAGCUUUUAAUCAUGGGUUCCAUUUAUGGAGACAUUUAUGGUACUUUAUUACUGAUAAUGUAGUGAAGAACAGGAGCAUCAAGAUGCAAAACUUGAUCUUUAAUAUUCAGUGCAUUAUAGUUAAAGCAACAUUUUAGUCAAAAAUCACUUAAUAAUCUAAAAGGUACUGAACUGGUGAUAACAGGAUUACUGUCAAGGACACACGUAAUAACUCCCAGUGUAAGGAAUCUAUGCAUUAUUAUGUGCAUGUAAACAUAACCACUGGAGCCUACUAUUUAUAAACAGGAUCAGUGUAUCUGCGGAUCAGUUCAGGUCACGCUUCAUUAACACUAGACUGCUGUCUCCUUGUCUACAGUAAAUGUCAGGGGACGUCCCUGCACCCAGUGUGUGCAGACUUUGGUGGAAAACAAGCCUGGCAUGCAUCUGCUGGCACGGGAGAAGCAAAAGUCAAUAUCAGCCAGUGUCAAAUGUCAGCAUUAUUAGAUAUUAGAUGGACGCUGGAAUUUCUAUUGACAAAGGUAGACAAAUAGCAGGACUGAAUCUUACAUCAAAGCAUCAGCAACUUGCAGAAAAUAACUGAUAAUACUUUAAUGUUCCAGCAGGCUGCUUCAAAUUGAAACAGUGUUCAUGUCAUUGUCCCUGUUUCCCUAGCCUUCAGGGUUUGGCUCUGAUCAGCAGUAGUUUGGGUGGUAGCCAUGGGUCCAGUACCAUUUUUGGGUGCAAAUAUGGAUGAAAAAGCAAAUAUUGUGACUUCUAUACAGAUUUUAUUGGUCAAUAAAGCUAUUUUGCUUCCAUUGCACAAAAUCCUAUUCAUGUUUUCUCUUAGCUGAAGUUUAAACUCACCUUCCCCUGUGCGCUGAAUUACUUUCCUAACCCCCCGACCUCCAUUCUCUCUUCAAAACACAUUCUGUAAUUUCAAAGCGGACAGAUAGUCGAAUGUAAAACAAGAAUUCUCCAGAUGACAUUUUGCAGAUACAAGCAGCGCCUUGUCUGCAGCUCUCCAUUGUCACAUAUUUACCAUGGAGCUGUCAUACAACCGUCACCCAAAAAUAGGAUCCAGGCUGCCUCCCUCGCCACCUUAACAAAUGUGGGACUGUGCAGCCGUCACGCGAUUCAUGCAGCUGACUGAAGUCCAUUUAUUUUAUAUAAACUGACACUAUGAUGUUUAGCAGAGACAGAAUAAUUUCCUCUGUUGUCACGACAAUGGCUUCAAAAAUCAGCUCAUUCAAGUUCAUUAAUGACUGAGAUCUAAUGUGACUAGAAGAAGAUUUAUGUAAUGCGUUAGAUUACAGCCUGCAAGUUACAGUAUAAAGAUAACAAGAUAAAUACAUAUUAAAUACGGAAGAAGGAAAGAAUUUGAAGGAUUCGGGGAUAAAAGUUUGGCUUUAAGUGAGACUUUGAGGGCAUUUUUAAUAUUUCAUGAUGACGGAGUAAAUUGUCAACCUUUUCCCCUGAGUUUUCAGUCUUCAUGGUAAGAUAAGAUAAUCUGUUUAGCUGUAGCUUUAUACUUAGUGUUCAAACAUGAGAAAUAAUCACGUCAUCUAACCUCCAUGUCCAUGUCUGGUCUUUUCAUAUGCCUUUAAUUAUUUAUGCCUGGGAACAAAACAUUAAGCCCAGGAAGACAGACAUACCAAUGUACCUAUGUACAAAAUAAUUAUGUGUGUUUUUAAAUUAUUAAAUACUGAGUAAAGGGGUGCCUGGUGGCUCAGUGGAUAGAGCGGGCGCCCUGUGUUUAGAGGCUGUGUUUCCUCACUGCAGCGGCUGCGGUUUCGAUUCCAGCCUUUGCUGCAUGUCAUCCCCUCUCUCUCUCCCCUGUUCACACUCAUGCUGUCCUAUCAACUAAAGGCAAAAACACCCUAAAAAAUAUCUUAAAAUAUAUAUAUAUAUUGAGGAACAAUAAUGUAGUUUUGGGAUUCAACGUAGGAUUUAUCUAACAAAGAAAAUGAUGUUAGAGAAGAACCUAGACAAGCUUCUAGGUAACCCCUAACCACAUAUUUCAUUAUAUUCAUAUUGUCAUUAGUGCCCUGCAUGUACAAAACAUUGACACUGUAAUUUGUAGGCUGUAAUGUAAAGCGUUACUGAAAAAUAAACUUGUGGGCAGGAUAUGGUGGAGAGCAAAGCCACAUUAACCUCAUGCUGUAAAUUCACAUUGUAUAUUACAGUCAGUAGUAUUGAUCUGAUGGAUGUCACAUGGAAGUAGGGUCUUCUGAGGGGGGGAAAAUGCUUUUAUGUCAUUGUUUUUUUUUUCUUUUUUAGUGACUGGAUUUUGCAGUUAAACCAUCUUUUUAUUUGGCACUGAGUGAAAACAGAAACAGCACUCACAGUUACAGCUAUUAUUCCAUUAGUCAUACCAGCUAUAUGGGUCAGCGGGUGCUUUUCAGCACAUGACCUGGCUCUUUGGUAUUUUAUCAGUUUGAAAGAUGUCACAGCCUCACCGUGUUCAGUGACGGGGCUCCGGUGUUAAGUUUGUUGGGUCACCGGAUUUUCUGACGGGUCGUGGAUGAAGCACUUUGUAUCACGGGACUCGGUGCGUUACUCUGUGCGGGCAGAGCAGAACAAAAAUCUGACACAAUGAGAAUGAGCUGUAAUGGAGAUCAUCGCCAUCAGUAUGAUAUUUGAUAUGGCCGCCCGCUUCUGUAUUUAAUACUGUAUUAUCACAGUUUAGUGAGGGUGUUUUUGCUACCUAGAAACGUCUCUGUGCUUUGGUGGUGUAGAGGAGCCUUAGGCACUAACACUGUAACAGACCUGGGUUAAAACAGACAGGAGUCAUUCCCAAUAUCCCACAUAUAUUAACUUUUGAAACCUGGGUUGACAUCAGUUUACUUUUGCUGCGCUCAGACACCUAUCACUAUUUAAAUGCUUAAAAGCUGAGCAAAUUGGUUUGAUUUAUUUGAAAAAAAAAGAAAACAGAAAAAAAGGUAAUGAGCAGCUUGGUAAGAAGUGUCCCACAAAUAAAAAAAAAACUGUAAAAGUUGAGAAAUGAGCUCAACAUCAUCAGGAAAAAAACGGAGAAGGGUAGAAAAUAAAACAAAAACAAAAAAAAAGAAAAGAAA